AUGAAAGUCAUGAACCCAGAUUAUUCUAGUUUCCUUUUGUUUGUUGUUGUAGUUCUUUUGAUUAUCAACACUUUUCUUCUUGAGGUUGUUGUUUCUGUAACACCAACAGCUUUACCACUUCAACUUCUGUCUCUGCUUUCCUUAAAGUCCACCAUUAAAGACCCAUCUUCAAGCUUCCAUGAUUGGGAUUAUCCUAAUCCGACUUUCACUAGAGCUGAUUCUCAAGACCCAAUUUGGUGUUCAUGGUCUGGAAUUGAAUGUCAUCGAAACUCAGCUGAAAUCACUUCCUUGGAUUUGUCUCAACGUAAUCUCUCUGGCUAUAUUCCCUCUGAAAUCAAGUACUUGACCAGCUUGAUCCAUUUGAAUUUGAGUGGCAACAGCUUUGUUGGGGCUUUCCCCACCGCCAUUUUUGAGCUUCCUCACCUUAGAACUUUAGAUAUCAGUCAUAAUAAUUUCAGCUCCAUUUUCCCACCUGGGAUUUCCAAGCUCAAGUUCUUGAACGUCUUCAAUGCCUACAGUAAUAACUUCACCGGUCCGUUACCUCAAGACCUUCCCCAUCUCCACUUCCUAGAAUGGCUUAGCCUCGGAGGAAGCUACUUCAGUGGAAAUAUUCCGGCGAGCUAUGGCGGUUUAUCACGGUUGAAAUAUUUGCAUUUGGGUGGAAAUGUUCUUGACGGGGAAAUUCCGGAACAGCUUGCGUAUUUAAACAAAUUAGAGAGAAUGGAGAUCGGUUACAAUACCUUUUCCGGUGGGAUUCCGUCGAAAUUUCCUUUGUUGUUGAAUCUGAAAUACUUGGAUAUUGCCGAAGCGAAUCUCUCCGGGACUCUGCCACAGGACAUUGGGAACAUGACGAACCUUCAGAAUCUGCUUCUGUUCAAGAAUCGAAUCAGUGGGGAAAUUCCUAGAAGUUUGGGGAAAUUAGAAGCGUUGGAAGAGCUUGAUUUGUCUGAGAAUGAACUUACCGGAACGAUUCCGUCGGAUUUGUAUAAUCUGAAGGAAUUGACGGAUUUUAGUUUGAUGGAGAACGAUUUGAGAGGCGAAAUUCCACAAGCACUUGGUGAUCUUCCUAAUCUCGUGUCCUUGCGAUUAUGGAACAAUUCGUUCACAGGUCCACUCCCUCAAAAACUCGGCUCCAACGAUAAGUUGCUUCAAGUUGAUGUGUCGUCGAAUAUGCUCACCGGUCCGAUACCUCCGGAUCUAUGCCAUGGAAAUAAGCUCUUCAAGCUCAUUCUCUUUUCCAACAAAUUAGAGCAUGAACUUCCCGCCUCUUUAGCCAACUGCACAUCUCUCAUUCGCUUUCGAAUCCAAAAUAACCGCCUCAACGGCUCGAUUCCUUACGGUUUCGGCUUGCUGGAGAAUCUCACAUUCGCCGAUUUCAGCAACAAUAACUUCUCCGGCGAGAUUCCGGCGGAUAUUGGUAAUGCGGUUAGGUUACAAUACUUGAACAUUUCACAGAACGCCUUCGGAACUUCCUUACCGGAGAAUAUCUGGAAUUCGACGAGGUUAGAGAUUUUCUCAGCAAGUUCUUCAAAAAUCAUAGGUAAAAUCCCGGAUUUCAUCAGCUGUAGGUCCAUCUACAAGAUCGAACUCCAGGACAAUAACUUAAACAGCAGUAUCCCAUGGACAAUCGGCCACUGCGAGAAAUUAAUCACUCUGAAUUUAAGCCGGAAUUCUUUAACCGGGAUUAUUCCAUGGGAGAUUUCAACGCUACCAGGGAUCACCGCCAUUGAUCUAUCUCACAACUCCCUCACAGGCACAAUUCCUUCAAAUUUCCAAAACUGUAGCACAAUCGAAAGCUUCAACGUAUCAUACAACAUGCUCACCGGCCCUAUUCCAUCAACCGGUACGACCUUCCCUGCAUUACACCCAUCUUCAUUCAUCGGCAACGAUGGACUCUGCGGAGAGAUCGUCUCAAAACCAUGCGGCACCGACACAUUAACCGCCGGCGCAAUAGAGGUCCGGCCGCAACAACCACGUCGUGCGGCAGGAGCAAUAGUUUGGAUAAUGGCGGGAGCAUUCGGAAUCGGAUUAUUCAUAUUAGUAGCCGGAACACGGUGUUUUCAGGCGAAUUACAACCGUAGAUUCGGCGAUAGAGAGGAGGGAACCGGACCGUGGAAAUUAACCGCCUUUCAACGGUUGAACUUCACGGCGGAGGAAGUGUUGGAAUGUUUGACAAUGACGGAUAAAAUACUAGGAAUGGGGUCCACAGGGACAGUAUACAAAGCGGAGAUGCCAGGUGGCGAGAUCAUAGCGGUGAAGAAACUAUGGGGGAAGUACAAAGAGAAUAUCCGACGGAGGAGAGGGGUUUUGGCUGAAGUGGAUGUACUUGGGAACGUGCGGCACAGGAACAUAGUGAGAUUGUUAGGGUGCUGCAGCAACAGGGAGUGUACGAUGUUGCUCUACGAGUAUAUGCCUAAUGGUAAUUUGGAUGAUUUACUACACGGUAAAAACAAAGGUGAAAAUUUAGGCGCUGAUUGGAUGACUCGGUAUAAAAUCGCUUUGGGUGUUGCACAAGGAAUUUGUUAUCUUCACCAUGACUGUGAUCCCGUCAUCGUUCACCGCGAUUUGAAGCCCAGUAACAUCUUAUUGGACGGUGAGAUGGAAGCCAGAGUCGCGGAUUUUGGUGUCGCUAAAUUGAUCCAGACCGAUGAAUCCAUGUCCGUCAUCGCUGGAUCCUACGGUUACAUUGCACCAGAAUAUGCGUAUACACUUCAAGUGGAUGAAAAGAGUGAUAUUUAUAGUUACGGAGUUGUGUUGAUGGAAAUUUUGAGUGGCAAGAGAUCGGUGGACUCGGAAUUUGGCGACGGAAAUAGCAUUGUGGAUUGGGUUAGAUCGAAGAUUAAAAUUAAGGAUGGAGUCAGCCAAAUAUUAGAUAAGAACGCGGGUGCGUCUUGUGUGUCUGUUAAAGAAGAAAUGAUACAAAUGCUUCGUAUUUCGUUGCUUUGUACUAGUCGUAACCCUGCAGACCGACCAUCAAUGCGCGACGUUGUUUUGAUGUUACAAGAGGCUAAGCCAAAGAGAAAAUUAUUUGGAAACGUCAUCCAUGAAAGAAAUGGUAACUGUGAUAGUAGCGACAAUAUAAUUUGCAGCCGUCGUCAUGGCGACGGUGACGUACUUUUAGGUCACAAGAUAGUAGAUGAAUGUUAAUAUGAUAUUUUUGUAUGGAGGGGGGGGGGGGGUUAAUUUCAAUUGGUGGGGAUUGGUAUAGGAGAAGUUUUUUUUUUCCCUUCUUAUUUCCAAUUUGAUUUUCCAUUGGAAUUUGUAGUUUUAUUGUGUAGCUUUAAUGUGUCCUUUGUGGACUCUCUUCUCUCAUUUUGCCUUUAUAUGCUUAUGAAUUGAAGGGUGUUUCUAUGUGUUCAAUGUGAGUAAAGUGAAGUAUUCAUUCACUGGUUAAUAUUCAAAAACAGAAACUUUAUGGUUCAA